UACUGAUAUACUGUGAUACAUUUGGUCACCCUAUUUGUGACAGUGUAAACAAACAGAUUGUCCCGUUCCCGUGUGCUCCGUGGUGGUCUGUUAUACAAUAUUCAGUGAAGUUUAAAUUGUUUCCUCUCAAGUAUUUUUAUUAAUAAAACUGUUCAGAAAUGUCCAAAGCAGCUGGUAGACUGAAGACCCUCAAGAAAUCCAUUGACAAAAUCAAUCACACGAGUAAACUGCGCACAAACAUCCCGGCCGGCAUGGCAGUGGCAGGCCCUCCUCUUGGCCCAAUGCUCGGCCAACGCGGAAUCAACAUUGCAGCAUUCUGCAAGGAUUUCAACGAACGCACCAAAGACUACAAAGAAGGAAUUCCUCUGCCGUGCCGAGUGGCCGUUACCUCCGAUCGGGCCUAUGAACUUACAAUCCAUGCUCCUCCUGCUACAUUUCUCCUGAAGCAGGCAGCUGGAAUUCAGAAAGGAGCAAUGAACCCUGGCAAAGAGGUGGCAGGAAAAAUCACCCGCAAGCAUCUGUAUGAGAUCGCCCAGAUUAAAUUGCAGGAUCCACCGAACGCCCUUUUGACUCUGGAGCAAAUGUGUAAUGCGCUGGUGGGUGUUGCCCGAACCUGCGGAAUUGAAAUCGUCAACGAGUUGGAAGCAGCGGAAUAUCAGACCUUUUUGGAAGAACGGAAACGGAUUGUUGAAGAGCAGCGCAAAGAAUUGCAGGAGAAGAGAGAAGCUAGAAUGUUACGUAUGGGCUAAGAACAUAAUUUCGUAAUGAUGUUCUUGAAAUACAGCAUUCACGGAUAUGUAAUGAUA